CGGCGUACCCACCACCAACCACACGAACAGGAGGAGAGCUCCACCUCAAUCACCAGCUCCGGCUCCACUGCACCCCGCAGACCCACGUGUAAGUCACUUCUCCUGCUCUCUCUCUUUCUGCCUGUCUCUCUCGGUUAGCCUCUUUCUCUCUCGAUCGUGAUCUUGCUCUUUCUCUCGCUCUAUCUCUCUGUCCUCUGUUUAAUCCUCUUUCUCUCCUGUUCUCCUCUAGCGUUCCGUACAGAGGUCAGGGCGGAGCAUAGGACAGGACGUGCCCCUAGUUGGACAGGUAGAGAGGAACUCUCAAUCCCAUCCAGUCCCAUCCAGUCUCAUCCAUGUCUCACUCUGUCCCCCGUCUCAACUGGAUUCACUUCCAUUCUCAUCCAGUCUCACAUUGUCCUGCAGUGUCUCACCUUGUCCUGGAGUGUCUCACCUAGUCUUACUGUGUCUCACCUAGUCAUGCAGUGUCUCUCCUUGUCCUGCAGUGUCUCACCUAGUCUUACUGUGUCUCACCUAGUCCUGCAGUGUCUCACCUUGCAAGAUCACGAUCUCAAGAUCACAAGGUGAGACACUGCAGGACUAGGUGAGACACUGCAUGACUAGGUGAGACACUGAAGGACAAGGUGAGACACUGCCUGCAGUCCUGCAGUGUCUCACCUAGUCCUGCAGUGUCUCACCUUGUCCUUCAGUGUCUCACCUAGUCCUGCAGUGUCUCACCUUGUCCUUCAGUGUCUCACCUUGUCCUUCAGUGUCUCACCUUGUCAUUCAGUGUCUCACCUUGUCCUGCAGUGUCUCACCUAGUCAUGCAGUGUCUCACCUUGUCCUGCAGUGUCUCACCUUGUCCUUCAGUGUCUCACCUAGUCCUGCAGUGUCUCACCUAGUCUUAUCUUGUCUCACAUGAUCUCACCCAGUUCAUCUCAGUCUUUCUGUGUGUUCAAGAUCACAUCUCUAGUAAGAGAUGGCUAGUUGGAAUGUCUCAUCCUUAAUAGUUAGUAAUCAAGUAGAUCAAGCCUAUAGUUUGGGCUUCAUUAACGUAUUUUAUUCUAUUAACUACACUGUUUCAUCCCGUUUGUUUUGAGCCAUUCUUCAUCUGACCAAUUUUGAUACUUUGGAGUAAUGUUAGCCUGGUCCCAGAUCUGUUUGUUCUGUUUUGCCAACUUAUAUGGACCAUAGACAACACAAAAUGGCAAGACUGCACAUAUAGAUCUGGGACCAGGCUAGAGUAAUGCUGAGAGAUGCCCAACAUCUGAUUGACCUUUGAGUAACCUCUCUGUAUGACCUUUGUGACCUUUCUAUGACCCCCCCCCCCCCCCCCCCAGGCACACAGUCGAUGCGUUCCCGCUCGCUGUGCAGCGGCCCCACCACACCCCGCAACCCAGGGUCCACAGCCAUCACC